AUGGAGGCGGCCCCGCGGCGCUGCCCCGGCGGCUGCUGGCGGCGCUGGCGGCGGCGCUGGCGGCGCUGGGCGCUGGCGGCCGGGCUGCUGGGCGCCGCCGCCGCGCUCGCCCUGUUCGCCGCGCUGCGGGAGCCGGCGCGGGCGGGCAGCGAGGCGGUGACCGUGCUGCUGUGGUGGGAGCCCUUCGGCCGCCCGCGGCGCUUGGCCGACUGCCGGCGGCACUACAACAUCAGCGGCUGCCGGCUCAGCGCCGACCGCAGUCGGUUCGCCGAGGCGCAGGCGGUUCUCUUCCACCACCGCGACCUGGCGCGGCACGGCCCCGGGGGGCUGCCCCGAGGGUCCCCGCCGCGGCCCCCGCUCCAGCGCUGGGUCUGGAUGAACUUCGAGUCGCCUUCGCACUCGCCUGGCCUGCGGGGGCUGUCUGGGCUAUUCAACUGGACCAUGUCCUACCGCCGCGACUCCGACGUGUUCGUGCCCUACGGGUACCUCUAUGCCCCGCCGAAGCCCCGGCCCUUCGUCCUGCCCCGCAAGACGCGGCUGGUGGCCUGGGUGAUCAGCAACUGGAACGAGGAGCACGCCCGGGUCCGCUACUACCGCCAGCUGAAGGAGCACCUGCCCAUCGACGUGUACGGGGCGCGGGGGCUGGCGCUGGCCGAGGGCGGUGUGGUGGAGACCAUCUCAGCCUACAAGUUCUACCUGGCCUUCGAGAACUCCCAGCACACCGACUACAUCACCGAGAAGCUCUGGAGAAACGCCUUCUCCGCCAGCGCCGUGCCCGUCGUCCUCGGACCCCGCAGGGCCAACUACGAGCGCUUCAUCCCCCCUGACUCCUUCAUCCACGUCGACGACUUCUCCAGCCCCCGUCUGCUGGCCACCUAUCUGAAAUUCCUCGAUAAAAACAAACCCAACUACAGACGGUACUUUGCCUGGAGGCAGAAAUACGAUGUCCACGUCACCUCUUUCUGGGAUGAGCAUUUCUGCAAGGUCUGCGAGGCCGUUAUAGCAGCUGGGAAUCAAAUCAAGAUUGUACAAAAUCUGGCCACCUGGUUUGAAAGCUGAUGUGCCUGGUUGGCAAGGCUUGCCUGGCCAGCGUCAAGGUAUAGGGAAGAAUGGGUCUAACAGAAAUCAUUAGCCGAGGUAGUACACAGAUGCCUGUCAUCAGUGAGAGAAGCAUACAGGUACAGGAAAACAAGUUGUGAAAAGCCUACAAAAAGACGAUUUUUAUUAAAGGGAAAAUUAUGAAAGGACAAAAAACCACAUUGUGCCAGAUGAUUCUAAAGAACCAAGUUAAAUUCCAAAAGUUGCACAGAUCUGAAACUUUUAAAGUUCUGCACAGCUCAACAUAAACAUCUCAUGCCAAGUUCUUCAGCUGUACAGCUGAAACUAAUUUUGUCAGCUAUGACAACUUCCUGGACUGUGAAACUUUCCUCUGCUUACAGGGGAUACAUGAUCAGUGCUGGCUUUCCGUACUCCUAAGACAAAAGUGAAUGUUUUAAACUGAUUUUUAUGUGUGUGAAAGCAGACAUUUCUGAGCCACAAGUUUUGAAUGUAAGAAUGUAAUGAUACAGCAGCACCUUUUAGCAAUGUUUAAAAUUGCAGCAGCCAGCUAAUAAUGCUUUGAACCAAAUAAUUGUUCCAUUUAGGAAAAAGCGUAUGGGAGGAAACUGAAGCUCAGUGGACAAACAGCUCAGAUGAUGUAAAGUAUUUCUUCCACUACCUACUGAAACCAUGGGCAUGUUUAUCCUGUAUGAAAGUAUAAUAGAACUUCAAGUACAGGAAAAGAGAGACUGUAGGGAAAAAAAGUCGGUACAUUUACACCCUACCUUUAUUUAGGAAUUAGAAAAUGUUUACAGGAAUCUGCAUGUUUUUCUCUGCAAAAUUAUUGCCAUACAGAAAAUGCAGGGAAAGACUGAGAAUGGCAGGGGUUUUAUUACUAUAUUGAAUAUGUAUACAGAAAGACUAACUUAUUUCUUGAGUAUCAAUAGACAGUGCUGUUGUGUAGCAACUGUUCAGGUUUAUGGCAUGCGUUUUUAAAAAUGCUGGGUGACAGACUACUCAGAAUGCUGCUUUGCUGUUUGUAAAAUAAUAAUUACCAAACUCCCAAAUCUCUCCCUUUCAAAAAGAAAAUUACCAUAGAGAAUAAGAUCUAGACUGUUGGUAAAAUAUAGAUUGUAUGAAGAAAGAAUAUCAAAUGGGAAGAAUUCACAAUUUUUCUUCCUUUGGUUUUGAGGGGUUUUUUUCUGGCUCAGUUUUUUAAUCGAUAAAUAGGUUCUUAAGAUAAAACUUCUUCUCUCAGUGCCUGUUUGGAACAUUUACAGUAGUUAUUCCCUUUUAGACUGGUAUUUUGCUGGAGUCAUCCUAGUAGUUGUUAUGUGGUUACUUUUUGGUUACAUGUAGCCUCAGUGAAAUCCAGCAAGAAACUUCAGUUACAAUUACACAUCCUUGGGAAACUGAACCCUUUAUGCCCUUUGCAAUUAUAAAGUUUUGUAGGAAAAAAGUGGUAACCCACAAGGGUCCUGCCCAAAUGAUUAAG